AGAAGGACUUUGCCGACCUGGUUAUUUCAGCUGCCCUUCCUCUGGGAUUUGUCUCUCAAAUCGUGCCCUAUGUGAUGGGCUCCCUCACUGUCUAUUUGCGGAUGAUGAGGAUGAAAUGCAUUGUCUUCAAGCCAAUCAAGAGGGGAGAAGAAUGCUAAGUAGGCGCCAGAGUGCAGAACCUAUUGAUCUAUCAGACUGCCAUUGUGAGAAUGGAGGUACAUGUAUGGAAGAUAGUGAUACAGGAUACUACUGCAUCUGUACUGAAGAAUACUCAGGGGAUAGAUGUGAAGUUAUGGGGAAGGCUAAACGGCACCACUUAGCAGCAGUCAUUGCCCGUUGUACAUGUAAGAAUGGGGGUACGUGUACUCCAACCAGCUCAGGAUUUGGCUUUGUGUGUUCUUGUUCACCGGGCUUCCGUGGUUAUGAUUGCAGCCACAACGACAGUAUUCCUAAUGGAUCGUCUUCCCCUGCGGAGUACGGCAUUGCAAUGGGAGCUGCUGUUGUCGCUGUUCUACUUGUCAUGUUUGGUGUGGCUCUUUGCAUCUGUGUAAUCUUACAGUACUUGAGGCAACAGAGGGAUGGCCCAGAGAGUCCAUACAGUCGGACCCUGAGUCGAGAUGUGUACAGCGUAGAGGGUGUCGAUAUAGCAGGCUUGCAGAUGGAGACAGUUGAGCCUAAUGAUUACAUCCCUCCCAGUUACAACCAGUGUAUGCACCCCUCCCCCAGUAGUCCUGAUGGGGACGUCUUCCUCACCCCAUCCCAGUCCAGCCAAUUCAGCGUGGGGUCGCGAUGGAGACUACGCACCCCUGAAAGCCCUCCCCCUACCUACGAUGCCAUCUUAGGGUUCUGCAAGGAGUGUAGCGAGUUGGCUCUGCGUAACAUGGCCAAACAGCAGCAGCAUCGAGGACCAUCUCAGCUGCAGACGCCAAGUAGCGAUCAAUAUGACACCAUGAGUGGGAUUAGUAGUAACUACACCACAGGGCCUAGCAGUGCAUUUAACACCGGUAACAAUACACCCAUUGGACCCAUGCCAUUCUCCCCUCGUGCCUUGUUCAGGGGUAGUGGCACAGGGCAAGGUGGCCCAUCCUCCCAAUCACAGACAGACAGUCCGUUAGAAGAGUUUGAACUGAGGAGAGUCCAGUCAACGUGACCCCAACCAAAUCUCGCUUUGAAGGAGCCUUUUCCUCCCCUUCAAAUUUUGCAGCACCACAGAUUUUUCUACAUCAGAUACAUUUGUAUUUUGAAGAGAAGUAUUAUAUAGGAAUCCAUGUUUGUGUAGAUCAAGUAUGCUGAAUAGUCUUCCUCAUUCAGUUGAUUUGCUUAUCAUAAUAUUAUAGAUAUCGUCUAUCCUCAAUCAGUAAAAUAGACAAAAUAAUGCAUUUACCAAAUGAUAGUCUUAUGUAAUUCUUUCCCAUAUGAGUCCGAUACUUGCCUAUAUCCUUCACGUGAUGAAGUGGUUCCUAUUUAUGAGACAUUUCGAAGAACAUGUUCAAUCAAUCAAAUUUGUGUAGGAAAAAUGCUGAGCUUUGUUGCUCAGCAUGUUACAAGGUUACUUGACAAAAAGAAGCAAGUGACAUUUUUCAUGAGCUAAGAUUUUUACGAAUUGAUUAUAGGCCAAGUUUCAUACUAAAACACUAAUCAUGCUUUGAGAUAUGGCAGGGUAAUCACCUGCCAAUGCAUUGGCAUCAAAGUGCGGACAUAUUUUGUUUUUUACUUCAUAUCUCCAUUCAUUAUCACAAAGCAAUGCUAUGUCAGACAUGUUUGGCCCUCCUAAAGUUGAUUGUUAGGAGACUAUAUAUAUGCACCAAUUUCACCAAUUGACAAUCUGCUAAUCUUCAUAUCAUUUCUCCUAUAUUUUCAGUGUUUGAUAAUGGGGUAAUUAAUCUUUAUAAAAUUUCCAGGAAGUGCAGUCUUUGUUUUACUUGGACACUACAUGUAUAUUCAUGGGUCAAUUAGAAAAAAAAACUAAUAAGUAUGUCUUUUUUUAGGAUAGAUGAUGAAGUAUUAAACCAAAAUAGUAACACCUGCUUCCAACAUGUUUGCCAAACACAUGUUUUGUGUAAGCUCAAAUGACUGUUAUUUUCUUGUUUGUGAUGCAAAUCUAGAGUAUUUGUCAACAGUAGAAACAUUCCAUUUUGUUUAAUCAUACAUGUAUGUAUAUUGGAUAAACUUGUUAUAUAUUUGAAGAAAAAUAAAGCUCAUUAUUUAAUACAAAUAUUGUACAGAACAGCACAUGAUCUCUUUAUAUUUUUGUACUUGAUUGGAACACUGAAUGAAAAUUAGAGAAAAAAAUGUGAAUGAUAAAAAAAUUAAUUCAUAUUUGAAUCAUUUAUCUGUUUGUUUUGUAGUGUAUGUUAUCAUUGUUCAUUUUUAUAUCCUUUUUGUUGUUAGAAUGUAAGUGGCUCUUAAUGUGUACAAAAUGAAUCAUUAUAAUAGUAAAGAUCCUUAAUUUCCAUGAAAAUUAUGAUUUUUUUUUCUAAUUUCUUUGGUCUGGAAGCAUGACUAUUCUCAUGAUUAUGUGUGCCAAAAGUUUUCUAUUUUAUUCUGACAUAAAAUUUUCUUGCAAUUCUUGAAUUCUUUACUAUUAUUCUAUUUUGGGGUUCGUAAUAUAGAAAACCAUUCAGGAUAAAGAAUGCAUUGUGCUGUUUUGUUUAAAAGUUUGUUGUAGAGAUAAAGAAAAACUCAUAUGAUAUACAUUAAAAGGAUGUUUUUACACAUACUGCGCUAAUUAUUAUUGAAUCUCCUAUCUUCCAUGUAAUUUCAAAAAGAACAUCUUUAAUGGAAAAAUCAUAUUCACUUUUAUUUCUUAAAUUGGCAACAAAAUCCCCCUGCAAAUUGGUAAACUUGAAAGUGCAGAAGGACUCUUUAGCAAUCUUUAUUAAUUUUGAAUACAAACUCUGUAAAUGCAGCAAUGACAGUAACAAUUUUUAUCUUGCUGAUUUGAAGAAUAAUAGCUGGUCAAAUAGACUGCAAAGAAAUCCUUCCCUGAAUGGGAUGAAAUUGGUAUAUAAAUCAUGGCUUUGAAUAAUAGUGACCAAUCUACAAGUACAUUAAGUACAAGUGUAUUUUCUUCCAGUACUGCAAUAUGAUCUGUGCAAUUUUUAACUCCAUUCCAAUCAGAGAACAAGGAUCGCAUAUUUGAUAUAAUAAAUUCUUUGAUGGCAAUAAUAUGGUUGUCAAGAGAAUUUGAAAUUAAUUUCAUAUUGAUUUUAAAGCACCAUACACAGGCAACGACUACACAUUUAUAUUAUUCCUACCUUGUAGUUUAUUAUAAUCUUACCUUUAUUUCUAAAGAACACUGUAAAUUCAAUUGCUGUAUCAAUGUAAUUGUAUGUAGAUCUUAGUGUCAUAUCUAGGUGCCUUUAUUGUGUUACAGGGUUGUAUUGUUAUAUGUUGUUGUUUUUAUCUCUUAGCUUGAGUGUUCAUUGUUUAUUUGCAUCUCAGGCCUAUGAGUUUAAUUAGUUGGGAUUGUUGAUGAACAGAUCAGAGUGUGGCCAAGAUUUAAAGCAUGUUACAUACUAUACAUGGAACAGUCACAAAUGUCUGAAUUUUAAGCAUAAUUUUUAGCUUAAUAUGGGUGUAUCAUUGGUUUACUUUGGUUCCUUUCACCGUACUCACUGCCAUAAUAUUAGCCAGAUGAACCACAACGAGAAAUACAAUUCAGUACUAGGCAUGCCAGAAAUUAUUUUUCAAUUUAUUCACUUUAGCAAGGUAUGGCACUUCAUGACUGCACAUAUUCAAUUCCAUUUUGUAUGUUGUAAAAGUCAAGAGUACAUGGUAUGGUAUAAUCAUUAUAUGGUAUUUAAUUUGCUGUCUGUUUGUUGUGGUUUUUAUAUUAUUUUUAUUUAAUUCAUUUAUUUAUCAUAUAUAUUUUGUUGUUGGGGGGGGGUCAACUUCUAAAUUAGCUCACAGGUGACAUCACUAAAUCAAAUUUGGAUGCUCCAUUAUUCUCUUAUUUUUUGAUGGAUCUUAUCAAACAUUCAUCAGCAUGUUUCUAUCAUUGAUUUGCUUUAAUUUAAACCUAGGGCCUUUUCACACGUAAAUUUUGUAUCAUCAUUGUAAUGAUGGUUGCAAUUAAUCUUUAGAAUCAUCGGACUUUUCACACGCUCACUCAAAAACUGUGAUUUGAAUUUGAAUUCCUGAGCAUAGGCGGUAGUGUCCUUGGUGACUUGUCAAUCAAAGCACAAUGGUUUGAAAUCUGUUAGUAUUAUUUAACAGUCCAUCUGUAUCACGUGUAUGUAUAUUGAAGAUAUGUAAUACAACUGAAAUUAUUUUGUAGAUUUUUGCAAUAAAAUCAUUAUGACAAAGAA